GACUCUUGUUUGGCUCUUCUCCAACACAAGGAGAUUGGGAAGAAAAGGAGUCCCAUUUGGUGGGCAACUGAGGGCAUAAAAUUAUAAAAGAAGAGGAGAUGGUUUCUUGUUUGGCUCUUCUCCAACACCAAGUACUUGUUGUUUAAGCAGACAAAAGGAGCUGUUUGUGAUAAAGGGCAGCCAUUCAAAGGAAGGAUGGGGGGUGCUGAAGAGACAUCUGUACUAAGUGAGAAAAUAUGCAAAUUCAAGAGGAUUUGUGUCUAUUGUGGGAGUAGAGCUGGAUACAAAUCUACCUUCAGUGAUGCAGCUCUUGAACUUGGCAAACAACUGGUUCAAAGGAAGAUUAAUUUGAUUUAUGGUGGAGGAAGUGUAGGUCUUAUGGGUUUAAUUUCUCAGGCUGUUUUUAAUGGUGGUUGUCAUGUUCUUGGAAUUAUUCCAAGAGCUCUUAUGCCUCAUGAGAUAUCAGGAGUAACCAUUGGAGAAGUGAAAGCAGUUUCUAACAUGCAUGAAAGGAAAGCAGAAAUGGCUAAACAUGCCGAUGCUUUCAUUGCUCUUCCUGGUGGUUAUGGUACCAUGGAAGAACUAUUGGAGAUUAUAACAUGGUCUCAACUAGGAAUUCAUGAGAAGCCUGUUGGCUUGUUGAAUGUUGAUGGAUAUUAUAACAGCUUACUUGAACUUUUUGACAAAGGAGUGGAGGAAGGUUUCAUAGAGGAGACAGCAAGACAUAUUGUAGUCUCAGCAGAUACAGCAGAAGAGCUGAUCAGGAAAAUGGAAGAGUAUGCACCACUUCAUGACAAGGUUGUACCCAGACAAAGCUGGGAAGUAGACCAAUUAGACUUUGCUACAAGAGGGCACACUUUUUAAUCCCAAAUUCGACUCACUUAUUUGAUUACUGUUCAAGUUAUAUUUUUAGUUUAUUCUCCAUUCCCAUAUUGAGACAACAAGGCAAACAAUCUCUCUCUCUCUCUCUCUCUCUCUCUCUCUAGUGGACAUUUGACUCUCAAGAUGCAUGCAUGUCUAACUUGGGAGUAAGCUAGGAUAUGGAAGGGAAGGUGGGGGGAAAAGAGUGAGAAAGUUAAAAGAGAUGUUGCUGUUCCUUAGGGGUUUAUCUUAUUGAGGCUAUGAAUUGAGGCUUGUCAAUUUGGUGUCAAUUUGGUUUCAUUUUGUAAGUUAUGAGGAAGUUUAACAGAUUCUACUAUGUGGUUGUGUGGAUGGGGAAGCUUAUAGAUUCUACUAUCUGAUCUACUGUAAUGGAGGGCCCACUAGGAAAGCUGACACUUUUGUUGUGUUGGCAAACCUUUUCACAGUUCAAUAGAAAAUGGCUUGCAUUUGCAU